AUGCCGUGCGAUGCUGGGCUCGGGACCAGGAAGUUCUUUGAGCAGAUAAACGAACCUCCACAGAAGCUGAUGCUGAUUGGUCCAGCUUGUUCAACCUCUGCACAGGCCGUUGCCCAGACGUCGUUCUAUUGGAACCUCAUUACAAUGUCUUACUCGGCCGGCUCCUCAGCACUAUCGAACCGUGUGGAGUACCCGUACUUUUACCGCACCUACAUGCCGGACGCCAUGUUGAACAGGGCCCGCAUAAGGAUCAUUAAGGACUUCGGCUGGAAAAGAGUAGCCACCAUCCAUGAAAAUAAAGAUCUUUUUUCACUUGCCAUAGACGACAUGAUCAAUCUAUUGAAUGAGGAGAACAUCACAGUCAUCUCGUCAGAGUCGUUUGACGAAGACCCCACCAACCAGAUCGCCAAUUUGAAGAAAUUGGAUGCCCGCGUCAUUCUCGUCAACACGUAUGAAAGCAAGGCGAGGAGAAUUAUGUGUGAGGCGUGGAGGCAGAACAUCGUGGGGCCCGGGUACGUCUGGUUCCUUUUGGGGUGGUGGACGAACCGCUGGUGGACUAUUGACGAUCAGUUCCUGACCAAAUGCACCAUUGAGGAGGUCAAACAGGCCGUGGAGACGUCACUCUACAUCGGUACAGAGUGCGCCCUGUUCGGUGAAGAAAAUGUUCAAACCGUGUCUGGAAUUACCCCAAACGACUUUGAUGACGAGUUGCGAAGGAGACUAUCCGAGCCAGGGAAUGAAAACUACACGUACAACGGUAUAGCUUCAUUUGGAUAUGAUGCAGCGUGGGCAAUGGCACUUGCACUUAAUAAGACGGCACAGAUACUGAAGACAAAGCGAUUUAAAGAUGGAACUUUUCGGCGUUUAGAGGAGUUCACGUACGAUGAUAUAGAGAUGAGUAAAGUAUUCUUUGAUGCCAUCGACGAAACCAAUUUUUAUGGGACUUCGGGUCCUGUGAGUUUCUCGGGAGCGGACCGUAUUGCCGUCACUCAGAUUGAACAGUUACGAGUUGGUUGCUGGCCGAAUUGGCUGCUACACAACGAUAGCUGUUACCUCUUCGUUGACCUCCCAGCUACCGGCCAGAAAGCGUCAACUCACUGCAGUGAGAAUGACGAGAGUCAGUUGGCAGUAGUCGACAGUCAGUCGCAUCUAGAUUUCCUGGUGGAUACAUUUGGGGGUUUGGGGUCCAAUAAAUGUUCUGAUAUCAUGGAGCCCUCUACACAAGACACUUCAGACAGCACUUCAUGUUCCGUGUUCGAACUUACCGACGAGGGAUGGGUAGUCAACGCGGGUAACUGCAACGAUUCUCUCCCUUUCAUUUGCCAAGAUAAAGCCGAAUAUCUGGAGGUAUCUGUUGGGAGAUACGACAUUGGAAGUACUGAGCUGAAGAUGGACUUUGAGCUGUUAUGGCCAGGUGGAGUGGUACCACCUGACCAAACGCCCAAUGGACAGCAUAGGGUCAAUGUCUACGUUGGUAUAGACCUGGUUACCUUCAUUUGUUUCAGCUCAUUAGCAGGGGUCGGUAUUCUACUCUCACUUGCCUUCCUUGCCUUCAAUGUAUGGCAUCGUAAAUUAAGGAUCGUGAGAAUGUCGAGCCCGAAUCUGAAUAACAUCAUUCUGAUAGGAACCUCUCUGAUUUACGUCUCUGUUAUCUUCUACGGUAUCGAUGGGAACAUCGUGAAAGCGGAGCUUCUUUUGCCAUUCUGCCAUGUAAGGGUGUGGUUACUGUCAGUAGGAUUCGUCUUGGCGUUUGGGGCAAUGUUCAGUAAGACAUGGCGAGUGCAUAAAGUCGUGGCUUUUAAGACGCCCAAACGAAAAGUAGUGCAGGAUAGACAGCUCAUGGCGAUGGUUGCCGUACUGUUAUUAAUCGAUUGCGCAAUUCUGUUACCAUGGCAACUCAUCUCCCCUUGGCGGGAGGAUGAGUACUUCUUUACUUCAGAGAUAAACCCCACAAACAGGAGUCAGACUCUCGCCCCGUACGUGAAAUUCUGCACCGGUGAUUACUACAUUUACUGGACCGUCGCACUCACUUCGUACAAGGGUCUCUUACUGCUGUUCGGUGCAUUCCUGGCAUGGGAAACACGACAGGUGACGAUACCAGCUCUGAAUGACAGUAAGCUGAUUGGUAUGAGCGUGUACAACGUGGUCAUACUAUGCAUCGUGGGUCUCGCUAUCAACCUCGUCUUGGGACAAGACACCCAGACACUCUUCAUAUUCAACUCUUCAAUCUCCAUGUUCUGCACAACACUCACCAUCCUCAUCGUAUUCUUACCAAAGGUGAUAUCCGUCUUGAAGAACUCCAAACAAGAUCUUAUGUCACAGGAGACACGUAAAGUGACAACAAGUCAUACUUCAACAGAUAGCAACAUGGUUCAAGAAAACCUAAGAAUGAAACACAAAGUUAAAUUGCUUGAAAGACAAUUGAAAGAGCUUCGAGACGGUGUGGACAACGACAGAGGGCGACGUGACCCUUCUGCUAGCAGUGAACCCCCGGACAAAAUGAAGAUCUGUAGCUACAACUGCGGCAUGUGGUGUUGUGGUCUCAUGUGUGGAUGCUCACCAAGAGAGAACAAGAAUCAAGACGAGGAUAAAGAACGCUAUGUUCACACCAACGAGGUGGACUUGACCCUUGAGAUGACCACAAGCUCAUAGACUUACCAGUCGUUCACACUAACGCAGUGGACUUGACCCUUGAGAUGACCACAAGCGCCUGGACUUGCCAGUCGUUCACACCAACGAGGUGGACAUGACCCUUGAGAUGACAACAAGCUCCUAGACUUUCCAGUCGUUCACACUAACGCAGUGGACAUGACCCUUGAGAUAAACACACGCUCCUAGACUUGCCAGUUGUGCACACCAACGAGGUGGACUCGACCCUUGAGAUGACCACAAGCUCCUAGACUUUCCAGUCGUUCACACCGACAAGUGGACUCGACCCUUAAGAUGCAUACAAGCUCCUAGACUUGCCAGUCGUGCCGUUGAGGCAGGAGAUUCGGUUCCCCUAGCAAACUGUGUACAAACUUCUGAAUAUCAAUACGCGUUUACCAACAAGAUGUUAUUUAUUUUAGAUACCAAAGGUUUCAGUUUGAAUUGCGUUGUAAUCUCAGUGUUUUGGUUGUAAAAUAGAAAGGGUGUUGUAAAACACAAAGGUAAUUAUUGUAUCGUGCAAUUUAAGUUUACUACGACCAAUAAUGAUUUGUGCUAAUUAUUAUAUUGUGCGAUUUAAAUUUGCUAUACGACAUAUUAUGUGUUACAUUAAUGUCUUAUUGUUCAAAUCGAAUGCAGGCGCUGCUGGCUGGGUGCUCACUUUAUCCUGAUCAGAUUUUUAAUUUAUUGAUUCAUCGACCAAUUCUGAUCGAUUUGACGGUGUACGAUAAGCAUGAAAUAUUCGGGUAAAGGAAAAUAAAUAUUAGUUGAAAUAUGGAACAAAAUGUGUGCGUUCAUUUUUUAAAGAUCGAAUUGUUGAAAGUUUAGUUUUAAGUCACCAUGCUUAGGCCACUUACAGACAACUUGAGCACGGG